GAAACGUCACCGAUGCUGGUUGCGCCAGCGCCAGACAGGUCAGCUCAGAGACUGCGUCCCGUGUAGAAAGACGUAGCCAGCUAACAGCGAACAGCUAGCUAACAUCCCCUUUUCUGAAGAAGAAGGACCACUCUCCUUUGACAUAAGAACACAGAAUACUAGAAGAACCGUGUCCACGUUAAAAUGAAGAGGCGGAUACACUUUAGUUCUGUGCUGGUUUUGUUGCUAGUCUCGUAUUUCUGUUCGUGCUCGGCGUUUUAUCUUCCGGGUUUAGCCCCUGUGAGUUUUUGUGAAGAAGGCAAAGGUAGUGAAGAUUGCCAGACAGUGGUCCAGCUGUUUGUCAAUCGAUUGGACUCAGUGGAGUCAGUCCUGCCUUAUGAGUAUGAUGUGUUUGACUUUUGCAAAGAUGCCAAGGAAAUGAGGCCUUCAGAGAACCUCGGACAGGUGCUGUUUGGUGAGCGAAUUGAGUCUUCACCAUACAAGGUCACCUUCAAAAAAGAUGUUAAAUGCAGCACGGUGUGCACCAAAAACUACAGGAAAGGGGAACAGAGUGACGCAACCAAACUGGAUUUUCUUAAGAUGGGAAUGCAGCUCAACUACCAGCACCACUGGAUCAUUGACAACAUGCCGGUGACAUGGUGCUAUGAUGUGGAAGAUGGUCAGAAGUACUGCAACCCGGGCUUCCCCAUUGGCUGCCUCGUGACUGCAGAUGGCCGAGCUAAAGAUGCCUGUGUUAUCAAUUCUGAGUUCAACAAGAAGAACACCUUUUACGUCUUCAACCACGUGGACAUCAAGAUCACCUACCACAGCGGAGCGUCAGAAGGAUGGAGAGGCGCUCGGCUGGUCGCUGCCACUCUGGAGCCAAGGAGUAUCAAACAGCUCGAUGAAAAGAACCCAGUUUGUGACGGAGGCAGCCCAAUGGAGGUCCCUGGGGAGUUUGAUAAUGAUGUGGCGAUCACUUACACCUACUCUGUCGCUUUUAAGGAAGACAACUCUAUCAAGUGGGCCUCCAGGUGGGACUACAUCUUGGUCUCUAUGCCUCACACCAACAUCCAGUGGUUUAGCAUCAUGAACUCCUUGGUCAUUGUCCUCUUCCUGUCUGGCAUGGUUGCCAUGAUCAUGCUGAGAACUCUGCACAAGGACAUUGCCAGAUACAACCAGGUGGACCAGGCAGACUUGAUAAAGCUUCCAUCGACCAAGGAAAAAGGCUCUGUACUCUACGAGGAUGCGCAGGAGGAGUCGGGGUGGAAGCAGGUGCACGGGGACGUUUUCCGUCCUCCCAGGAAAGGCAUGCUGCUGUCUGUGUUCCUCGGACAGGGCACCCAGAUCUUCAUCAUGACCUUCAUCACUCUCUUCCUGGCCUGUCUGGGUUUCCUGUCACCGGCCAACAGAGGUGCUCUCAUGACAUGUGCUGUGGUCCUCUGGGUUCUGCUAGGCACACCUGCUGGCUAUGUGUCUGCACGCCUUUACAAAACUUUUGGAGGCGAAAAAUGGAAGACAAACGUGUUGCUGACGGCGCUCCUGUGCCCAGGUAUUGUGUUUGCAGACUUCUUCCUGAUGAACCUGAUCCUUUGGGUGGAGGGCUCCUCAGCAGCAAUCCCCUUUGGCACUCUGGUGGCCAUUUUGGCUCUGUGGUUUGGAAUCUCCGUGCCCCUCACCUUCGUUGGUGCCUAUUUUGGAUUCAAAAAAGCUGCAAUUGAGCAACCAGUGCGAACAAACCAAAUCCCCCGUCAAAUCCCUGAGCAGUCAUUCUUCACAAAGCCUAUUCCUGGUAUCGUGAUGGGCGGCAUCCUGCCCUUUGGCUGCAUCUUCAUUCAGCUUUUCUUUAUUCUCAACAGCAUCUGGUCUCAUCAGAUGUACUACAUGUUCGGAUUCCUGUUCCUGGUUUUUAUCAUUCUGCUCAUCACGUGCUCUGAGGCAACAAUCCUGCUCUGCUACUUCCACCUAUGUGCUGAGGACUACCACUGGUGGUGGCGUUCCUUCCUGACCAGCGGUUUCACAGCGGUCUAUCUGUUCAUCUACGCCGUGCAUUACUUCUUCUCCAAGCUGCAAAUAAUUGGAGCUGCCAGCACCAUCCUCUACUUUGGAUACACCAUGAUUAUGGUCCUCAUCUUCUUCCUCUUCACAGGUACAAUUGGCUUCUUCGCCUGCUUCUGGUUUGUAAAUAAGAUCUACAGUGUGGUCAAGGUGGACUAGAGGACUGUGGGAAAGACUGACUCCUUCCUGUCGCAGUACUGCCCUCCUCAGUGCUGGCCGGGUGAUCAAGUGGUCUGAAUGGCCCUGAACUGAAACCAUCACUUAUCAUAGAAAAGACCCGAAGAGCAGAGCCCGUCCUCUUUUGUGCUUUAAACCUACGUUGCUAUUGUUUUUCUUUUUUUUUUAAUAUAUAUAAUUUUGUCUUCACUGUUGACCAGUAAUAUUUUGAGUGGCGCCUUGAAAAUCAGUGUAGGUUCCAAUGAUCUAUCUAGCUGUCAUAGUGAGCAGUUUGUUUUUGGUGGGUUUAACAAGAAAAGCUGAAAUGUUUGUAUUUUAAUUUUCUACAGAAAGUAAAAUGUUCUGUAUUUUGCUUUUCUAUUCCCUUAUGACUAAAUGUUUUGGUUUUCAUUACCUGUAUUGUAAUGAUGGAAAAAAAAAUGUGUGUACAUAUACUGUAUAGAGAGUGAGCGAAAAAUUGCUACUUAAAGAUUGUCACCAUUAUUGAAUCAUCUGUAGGAGUUUCCUUUUCUUUUUUUUUUUAAGGUGAAGAUGGGGCUAUACAUCCUUAAAUAUCAGCCUGUAUUGUAGUUCAGAAAUUAUAUAAAACACUGACAUUGCUAUGA